AUGCCGUAUGUUAAGAAGCCACAAAACGCCUUCAUGAUUUACCGCAAGGAACAGAGGCCAAAAGUUGUGGCCGAGCUUGAAACCUCCGACUGUGCAUCUGUCAACAGACUCAUUGGACAGAGAAACAACUCUCAUAAUAAUUGUGUGUCUCUCUCUCUUUCUCCUGUAGUGGUGGCAGUGGAGCCGCUGGUCCGAGGCCUGAGGAAACUCCCAGAAGAUAUCGACUGGUCGUACUCAGGUACCCUGAACCAGCACAUCUGGGGUAAGAAGUACCCGUCCUGCAACAGCGGGCGGCAGUCUCCUGUGGACAUCGACGAAACCUUCACCCAGGUCAGGCUGCAGUACCAGAACCUACAGCUCGAGGGCUGGGACCAACUGACGGCAGAGUCCAGCACCAUCCACAACAAUGGGAAGACUGUGGCCAUCGAUGUGGAGGGGGAGUUCUUUGUGAGCGGAGGAGGGUUGAACUCCAGGCUUCGUGUCAGUAGAAUCACGUUCCACUGGGGGCGCUGCAACGCGACGUCAGAUGGCUCUGAACACAGCCUGAAUGGGAUGAAAUACCCUUUGGAGAUGCAAAUCUACUGUUACGAUCCGGAUGACUUUCUUAGUCUGGAUGAUGCGAUAAGGGAAGGAGGGAGGGUCUCUGCCUUGGCUGUGCUCUUUGAGAUCAGCCUGGAAGACAAUGAGAACUUUACUCCUGUGAUAGAUGCCAUCAACACUGUCAGCAGGUUUGGUAAAAGCGGCUCGUUGGAAGCCUUCACCAUGCUCUCCUUAAUGCCUAAUAACACCGAUAAAUAUUACAUCUACAACGGCUCCAUGACUGCUCCUCCCUGCUCUGAGAUAGUGGAAUGGAUUGUGUUCAAACAGACUGUGGCCAUAUCAGAAAAACAGCUGGAGAUGUUUUGCGAGGUGAUGACCAUGGAGCAGGCCGGAUACGUGAUGCUGACCGAUUACCUGCAGAACAACUUCAGAGAGCAGCAGCAGCAGUUCAUGGGUCAGGUGUUCGCCUCGUACACCGGAGUGGAGGACGUGCUCACGCCCACCUGCAGCUUAGAGCCGGAGAACGUUCAGGCCGAUGCUCAGAACGACACCACCAUCGUGGUGAUGUGGGAGCGCCCCCGCGUGGUUUACGACACGACCAUCGACUGGUACACCGUCACGUACCAGAGGCUGCAGGGCCGAGACCAAACCAAGCAGGAGUACAGGACAGACGGGGACCAGGAUGUGGGCGCCAUCAUCUCAAGCCUGCUGGCCAACAGCAGCUAUGUGGUGCAGGUGGUGGCUGUUUGCACCAAUGGACUCAGAGGACGAUGGAGCGACCAGAUCAUCGUGGACAUGCCUUUAGAAGACCCCGAAACUGAUUCGGACACGGUCACUAAAGAUGUGGGAGUCAACAAGGAGGUCUCAUCUAAAGCCAAGUGGGGGAAACCUGAAAACCAAAACCAGGUGGAUUUGCCCCUAGAGGACCACAGCCCUGUGGAGGAGGUCCCAGCGGAGCAGACCAGAGUUUACCAGAACCAUCCCACACGCCUCCAGGACCAGUCGACAGACCAGACCCAAGCAAACCAGAACGCCGCAGUGCAGGUCAACCCCCGCCCAUCCCCCAAGACUCCCUCUGAUUCUGUGGUUCUGCAGAAAACUCGACUCAACCAGAGUGCGAAAAAGAACCCGGAACAAAACAGGUCCACACCGGAUGAUAUGGAUCAGAACUGGAUCGACGAGGAAAGCAUGACUCCAACACAGCGGCCUUCCACUAAUGCAGGUUUUGACGGCAACGGUGCUAUCUGGAUAACCGAGGCAACGGAGCAGCCUGGCUUCCUGUUUCCAGUUGCUCGGAUCACGACGCCGCCGACGACAAUCCACCGACAAAUCACAGAAGAGGCUUCACUGUCAGAGCUCCCAAACCAGUCAAAGGAUCAGGCUCCACCAGAACAAACUGGCGAAAGUGAGCUCCCUUCUCUGCAGUCGGACCUCUACACCCCUCCUGUGGAGGACAUCCAAGUCACAGAUGUCUUCUAUGAAGACACAGUCAACAACUUUCCCCUGGAAAGCUCCGCCUCCGCUGCAACAGAGUCCUCGGCUGCGGUGCCAGGUAUUAAAGUGGACGGAGUCUCCCCAGUGUUCUCUGCUGAGGACACCGACGCUCCCGUGAACAAACCACUCCUGGAAACCGUCACUUCUGCCUCCUCCUCCUCCCCGUCCUCCCUCUGGAUCACAGCAAGGACGGCGACCUCCAGCAACACCCUCGCCGACUCGGUCUACAAAUCAAUCACCACCUCCUCUCUGCUCAGGGUGCUGAUGCAUACGACCCAGCCCAUGUUCAACGAGGGCAGCAACAGCAGCCACGAGUCUCGGGUGGGGAUGGUCGGAGGUGUGGAGAGGGAGAAGAGGACAGUUGUUCCUCUCGCUGUCGUCUCUACUCUCACCAUCAUCUGUCUGAUGGUCCUGGUGGGCAUACUCAUCUACUGGAGAAACUGUUUCCAGGCAGCGAACUUCUACCCAGACGACAGCGCCUCACCUAAAGUCAUAUCUGCUCCCUCUACCCCCCUGCUGCUGGCUACAGACGGUCAUGAGCCGCUGACGGUGAAGCAGUUUGUGAAGCAUGUGAUGGAGCUCCACACCAACAACACCUUCUUCAAGGAGUUUGAGAUUGUCAAAGAAUCCUACGAGGAGGUACAAGCCUGCACAGUGGACAUGGGCAUCACCACCGACAGCUCCAACCACCCCGACAACAAAAGCAAGAACCGAUACAUCAACAUCCUGGCCUAUGACCACAGCAGAGUGAAGCUGCUCAACAGUUUAGACAAAGACGGAAAAUGUGGGGACUACAUCAACGCUAACUUUGUUGAUGGUUAUGAGCGAACGAGAGCGUACGUGGCAGCACAGGGGCCCCUCCGAGCGGGCAGGGAAGACUUCUGGAGGAUGAUCUGGCAGCAGAAUAUCGGAGUGAUCGUCAUGAUCACCAACCUCAAGGAGAAAGGACGGACUAAAUGUGACCAGUACUGGCCAGACGAGAACCAGGAGGAGUAUGGUCCGUACCAGGUGACCUUGAAAAGCAGCAAGACCCUGGCGUACUACACACUGCGGACCUUCACCGUCAGGGAUACCUCAAAUAAGGUGCCGUCCCAGAGAGUGGAACACACAGUCAUGCACUACCACUACACCCAGUGGCCAGACAUGGGCGUCCCAGAAUACACUCUGCCUGUCCUGUCCUUCAUCAGAGCAUCGUCCCGGGCCCGCACACAAGACAUGGGCCCUGUUCUGGUGCACUGCAGUGCCGGCGUAGGGAGAACAGGAACCUACAUUGUGAUAGACGCCAUGCUGCAGCAGAUCCAGGAUCAGGGGACAGUGAACGUUCUUGGUUUCCUGAAGCACAUGCGGACUCAGAGGAACUUCCUGGUUCAGACAGAGGAGCAGUAUGUAUUUAUCCACGAUGCCCUGGUGGAAGCCAUCUUGAGCCGGGACACCUCAGUGACGUCAGACCUCCUCCACACCUACGUGUCUGACCUCCUGACCCCUGGGCUGUCAGGCAGGACCCGCAUGGACAAACAGUUCAAAUUGAUCAGUCAGCGUCAGGCGAAGCACGCAGACUACAGCACUGCCCUGAAAGAUGGCAACGCUGAGAAGAACAGAGCCAGAGCUCUGAUGCCUGUGGAGAGAUCAAGAGUGUGUCUGACCGCCUGCGAAACAAACACCACCGGCUUCAUCAACGCCUCCUACGUCACGGGACAUCACCACAGUAAAGAGUUCAUAGUGAGCCAGACUCCUCUGAGCAGCACGGUGGCUGAUUUCUGGAGAAUGAUCUGGGAACACAACACACACACAGUUGUUCGCCUGCCGGACGCACACUGUCAGAGUGAAGAGGGGGGGGGCUGUGUCUACUGGCCCGGCAAAGACCAACCAAUGUGCUUUGAGGGUUUCAUUGUUUCGCAAUCGGGGGAGGAGCAUGUCUCUCUGUCCAAUGAUGAGAGACUCUUGAUGCAAGACUUCAUGUUGGAGUCUACAGUGAACAAUUAUGUGCUGGAGGUGCGACAGUACAGCGCCUCCUGCUGGCCGAACCCUGACAGUCCCAUCAGGAACAGUUUUGAUCUGGUCAACGCGGUGAGGGAGCACAGCCGACCCACUGACAGGCCCACCAUCAUACAUGAUCCGUUGGGAGGUGCUACAUCAGGGCUGUUCUGUGCUCUCAGCACCCUGUCCAGUCAGCUGGAGGAGGAGGGAGCUGUAGACGUCUACCAGGUGGCACGGAUGACCAAUCUCAUGAGGCCUGGGGUAUUCAAUGAUGUAGAGCAGUACCAGUAUCUGUACCAUGCGGUGCUGAGUCUGGUGAGCAGCCAAGAGGACCAGAGAGCCCUGCAGAGUCCAGAGACCAACGGAUCUGUACCACUGGGACAGACCAACAUCGCAGAGAGCCUGGAGUCACUCAUGUAG